AUGUCCAUCUCACUACCCAACGGCACCAUUCUCGCAGCUCCCUCCUCGUCUCAGCCCCCUGUCUCCGCUGCUGUCACCCGCAUCGUACAUCUCGCCAACUUCUCUCCAGAGAUCAAGACGCGUGACAUUCAGAACAUCUUCAAGGAGUGGGAGGCACACAAGGGCGGCUUCCGCAUCAAGUGGCUGGAUGAUGUGAACGCGAUGGUCGUCUUUGCCGACGCUGGCGUCGCCAAGAAGGCGUAUUUGAGCCUGAUUCUCAACCCCUCCCCGUCCCUUCCUCCGCCGGCCACUAUCCGCCCCUACGACCGACCCGACGCGGGCCAGAUUAUUGCAUCGCUCCAGGCCCGC